CGGCUGCCGCGCGCGGCUCGCCGCCGGUUCCUCUUUACAUAACGGCGCGGGGCGGCAUGGGCUCGGGCCGUCGUCUCCUCCCGGCCGCCCGUCCGCCUAGACUGUCACGGGCCACGGGGUCCACAGCAGCAGCGACCCGGGGGCGGCCCGGGGCCGCGUCCCCCGGCUGCUGUCAGGCGCUGGCGGCGGAAAUGAGGCGCUGGCCGUUUUCCGAGCCGGGGUUUCCUGCCUGAGCGCCGAGAGGCCGUGCGACGCCAUGGGCCGGCCGGGCCCCGACCCGCAGCUUGCGCGGUAAGCGCGGCCCGCCGAGCGCGUUGGAGGAACCGGGCGGCCGCCCGCGUCCCGCUUCUGUUUUCUGGCGUUUCCUCAUUCUGUUUCUCUUCCCCAAUCCCAGACCGCAGUGAUGUGGGCGCGGAGCUCGGCCGCCCCGCCUCGCUCUCCACCAUGAACGGGCCCACCGUGCAGCCCUCCCGCACGUCCUCGGCCCCCGCGUCGCCCGCCUCCCCGCGCGGCUGGAGCGACUUCUGUGAGCGGCACGCGGCGGCGGCGGCGCGGGAGCUGGCGCGUCAGUACUGGCUGUUCGCGCGCGCGCACCCACAGCCACCGCGCGCCGACCUGGUGUCGCUGCAGUUCGCCGAGCUUUUCCAGCGACACUUCUGCCGCGAAGUGCGCGAGGGCCUCGCGGGGCCGCCGGGCUGCGACUACCGCGCCACCGCCCCACACCACCGCCCCGCGCUGCCCAAAGCACGCAGCUCCGAGGACCUGGGCCCGAGGCCCACCUGCGCCCUGCAGCACCUGCGCCGCGGCCUACGCCAGCUCUUCCGCCGCCGCUCGGCUGGGGAGCUGCCGGGGGCCGCCAGUGACACCAAUGACACCGACACCUCUGCCACUACCAGGCCAGGACCGGCCCGCAAGCUGCUACCCUGGAGCCUGCGGGAGCCGCCAGCCGAAGUGGUCAAGGAGGCGGCGCUGCGCUACAGCCUGGCGGACGAGGCGGCCAUGGACAGUGGUGCACGCUGGCAGCGGGGUCGCCUGGUGCUGCGGGCCCCGGGGCCAGGCCACGGCCGCCUGCUGCAGCUCUUCGACCCGCCCAAGAGUUCAAAGCCCAAGCUCCAAGAGGCAUGCUCCAGCAUCCGGGAAGUCCGGCCAUGCACACGCCUGGAGAUGCCCGAUAACCUCUAUACUUUUGUGCUCAAGGUGCAGGACCACACAGACAUCAUCUUUGAGGUGGGAGAUGAACAGCAGCUGAACUCAUGGCUGGCAGAGCUCAGAACAAGCACAGGCCAAGGGCUGGAGCACAUGGACACAGAGUUACCCCUUUCCUUCAUGGCAGAGCCUGACCCAGCCAGCUCUCCAAGAGGAAGCACAGACUCCCUGGACCAAGGUGCUUCACCUGGGGCAGUGUUAGACCCAGCCUGCCAGAAAACAGACCACUUCCUGUCCUGCUACCCCUGGUUCCAUGGCCCUAUCUCCAGGGUAAGAGCUGCACAGCUGGUUCAGCUGCAGGGCCCUGAUGCCCACGGUGUGUUCCUGGUGCGGCAGAGUGAGUCCAGGAGAGGGGAGUAUGUGCUCACAUUCAACUUACAGGGCAGAGCCAAGCACCUCCGUCUGGUGCUCACAGAGCGUGGACAGUGCCGUGUGCAGCAUCUGCACUUUCCCUCGGUGGUGGACAUGCUCCGCCACUUCCAGCGCUCCCCCAUCCCACUUGAGUGUGGAGCAGCCUGUGAUGUCCGGCUCUCUGGCUAUGUGGUAGUCGUCUCCCAAGCACCAGGUUCCUCCAACACGGUCCUCUUCCCUUUCUCCCUUCCUCGCUGGGACUCGGAGCUGGGUCUUUCCCACCUCAACUCUGCUGGCUGUCCCCCCAGCCUUGGCGCAGAGGCUCCCCCUGGCCGAGUGACACCACCAGAGCAAAUCUUCCACUUGGUGCCUUCUCCUGAGGAACUGGCCAACAGUCUGCGCCACCUGGAACUGGAGCCUGUGAGCAGUGCCCGGGACUCAGACUAUGGGAUGGACUCCUCUUCCCGGAGCCACCUUCGGGCCAUUGACAACCAGUACACCCCCCUCUCACAGCUGUGCAGGGAUGCAAACUUGUGAAUGUAACCAUCAUCCUUUCCCCCAGAGAGCUACAGGCUGCAGUAAGCCUUCCCCAGCUCAGACGUGCCCUCCACCAGGCUGCCCUAGGCCCCCUGUCAGCCACAGCUAGAGCCUGGCCUUUCUCCCACUGUUUACAGAUGUAGUUCUUGUGCACAGGUGCCACUAGAUGGUACCCUAGGCCCAGUCCCCAACCCAGGAAUGGGGCCACAGGCCCAGAGCUGGCAGUGGAAACUGACCGUCAGAGCUGAUGACAAACUUCCUACCAGGUAGGGUCGUCGGGAAGCACAAAACACUAACAAGGCCCCGUCUCCCUCCUCCCUGUAGCUUCAGCCCCACAGGUGAUAGAUGCUUCUCAAUCCUGCUUGUACUCUUAGCAUUAGACAGAAGCUCUGCCAGAGGGACAGGCUGAAAAGUCAAAAAUUCUAAACAUCUUACCUCAGAUUGAUUUUUUUUUUUUUUUUUUUUUUAAAGGGAUUCAGGUUUCCAUAUGAAAUCACGGCUUAUCUCCCUGUACUGCCCUACUAGGACCCGUGACAUUCAAGUCUGGGCAGCUAAGCACAUCUGGUUCCCUCAGCUACUCUCAGCCAGCACAUUAGUGUCCUUGUCUGCUCCUCCUCAGGAUGGUUGCCUGCUAUACGGGGUAGCCACUGUCCUCCCUAAUGUAGAGAAUGAAGUGUGUCACCCUUUCAGGGAAAUCCAGGCAGCUUGCAGAGAGAGGAGGGUGGCAAGGGACAUUCCAUUCCCAGUGCCUUAUGCAUUAAAAAAAAAAAAAAAACAAAACAAAAACAAAAACAACAAAACAAAACAGGACUCUGGUUUACAGCAGCUUUAGAGAGGAUGGGAUGAAUAGGUGCCUGGGCCUGUGUAGUGAACCCAAAUUUAUAGCUUGCCCCUGCCCGUACCCCCACCUCAAGCAUGCAAUGGCUUAUUGAGUAUGGCUCCAUUACACUCCUGCCACAGGCGGUCACUGGUGGAAGAGUGUGCCCUGUACACAUGACUUCUCCAUCUAUCACAGGGGCUAGAGAGUGGGCUGCUCCUGAGCUCAAAGGUGCCAGUCGGUACAGACUUUUAGGUUCACAGCUGUAGCAGUAGAGAAUUACAACUUAAUUCUUAAACAUGUUCAUCAGAGGCAAACAUACUGAUACCCUUCUCAUCUGGUUAACUUCUGUACUGGGCAAGCUUGUGUGGCCCUUAGUGGACAGGGAGAGCAGCUAGCUGUGCUCAAUUGUGUUCACAGAGCAAGGCAUAUCCUACAUAGGUGCAGAUUUGUGUUCCAUCUUUAAGAAAACUAGCUUUCCUUCACUUUCCCCAAAAAGUUUGAACCAAAGAUAAAAGCAAUAUUCAGCCACUGGUCCAGACUCAUCUCAAAGCUAUGUAGUCCUGGAAAGGAGCUGAUUGGACAGUUGUAUCUCUGCCCCUACAAACUAGGGGUAUUCGUUUCUCCUGGGCUCGUCAGACACACAGCUCUAAGUAGGAGGGAGACUGGCCACACACUGUAAACCAGCACCUCCACAUGGUGCUGGGACUCACCCACUGUGGACAUACGGGAGGACGGCUUCCUUUCAAAAGGUGUAUUUUUAAGACGGCUUCCUUUCAAAAGGUGUAUUUUUAAGACAAGUUCUUCUCAUGGCUCUGAGAUAGAGAGGCAGUAAGGUGCCGCCCUUUCUUUCUGCUACAGUAGGUCCAGUUGGCUGAAGGGGAAUAGGUGGCUGUGAGGCCCCAGGCCAGAUGCCCUCAACAGUGUGAUUGCCAGGCAGCACCAUCCCCAGUCCCCAGUCGUCCUGACAGAUCACCACCGGCAGGUGAGGCCACACUAGGCACUGAGUUGGCCCUAUAGAGACUGAAAGUGUAGCUCAUCAGUCCCACACCAUUGCUUCCUUCUGACUACAACUACACACUAACAGCCACCAGCACCAAAGAAUGAAGUCAACUAACCUGCCUUGACUUUAGACCAGCAGUCCAUAUGGCUUUAUCUGGUAUAACUCUUCCUCUUGCCUUUGAUCAUUUCUGGACCGUAGGAAAAAGGAAUCGUGAUCAUUACAAUUUUGGGCCAGACAACACUAUUUUUACAUAAGUUUCUUAACCUAAAAGAAGGCUCAUCUCUUCCCUGAGGGCUCUUGUUGAAAUGUUACCUUAGUGCAAGCUGUCAUCUACUGCCUCCUAAUGAAGAUGCAUCUAACAGACAACAGAUGGGAUUUCAUCUUCUAUCAAUCAUAAAAGGCAGAAGGUAUUUUGGCAAAUCUUUGUUUUACGUACUGUAUGAGUAACUUAUUCUUGAAUAAUGCAAAUUUUGCUAUAAUGUACAAAUUGCUUUAUGUGAAUUAAAGUUUUCAGAAUUACAACCAUGUUCUCUGCAUCACCAACUCCCUCUCCACUUACCUUCCCCUUAUAGCAAACUUCUGUUCUUCUGGUUUUCCUGUUCUCUGGAUCCCCUCCCAGCUCUCCUAGGGAAGGAACCAGGGCUCUAUGCUACUAACAAGCACUCAGCUACUAAGGACAAACCUUCAGACUGGUAAAGAAGUUAUCUCCUGCCCCCUGCUGGUAACACAGGCUGAACUGGGAUAUCACAUUAAGUCUGGAGACAGGGGGAAGAAAAAGGAGCUUGCAGAUACAGACUUUUGAUGGCCCCCACCUCUCUGGCCAGCCUUCCUCCUGGUGAAGCCAACUGCUAAUCCACCCAAGAGGGAAUCUCAGUCUUGACUUUAGAUAUCUUGAGCCAGAACUGAAGGUGAAAAAGAAAAGUCAUUGGUUAGCACCUCCUCCAGUAGGAGACUGGAGCAGUACACCCAGCCUGCCUGCCUAGGGUCUGCACCCCACAGCAGCAGGAGUCGCCACAAACACACACUGCUGGGUAUCAGUUUUUAAAACUUUUUUUAUUUUUUAAUUUUUUUUUAGUUUUUAUUUUAUAUUAUCUACAAAGUAAAAGUUUUCCCUUAACUUAAAAGUUGAACCACUGUAGACAGUGAUUGCCUCAUCAAACUUGAUUUAUAAAUAAUAAUCCGUCAGUUUGGCGGUAAGAAUUUACUGAACUUCUGUCAAGUUUAGUAAAAGGGCGUUCCAAGUCUUGAUUUUUUUUUUUUUUUUAAAGCGGUAAUAGCAGCAAGAAUCACUCUUGUUACUUCUUUUGCUAGCUGAUGCAUUCAUGACUCUCAAGGGCCAUUAAAAAAUAAAUAACUUCCAGUUUCAGCAAGCAGAGCUGGGUACUUGCGGGACCCUGCGAACAGCACAUGGAAUUAUGGAACAGCCACAAGUCCCUACAUGCCUCUACUCGGUCCAAACAUCCUCCACUGCAAGUGAACUGUUAGCAUUCCUAUCGGAUGUUAAAUCAGUGUUGUAUCUUUGUAAAAAACAAAA